UUCACUCCCAACGAACACUGCUGCCAUGACGGAGGCCCUGGCCACGCUCCAACAUUGACUCUGACACUGUGGGACACAGAAAUGGCUGACAAUCUCAGCACCCCGCUGGCAGCUCCUCCUGGCAACAGCUGUGACCUGUACGCACACCAUGGCACGGCACGGAUCCUGAUGCCCCUGCAUUAUAGCCUGGUCUUCGUUAUUGGUCUGCUGGGGAACCUGCUCGCCCUGGUCGUCAUCGUCCAAAAUCGGAAAAAGAUCAACUCCACCACUCUCUACUCAAUGAACCUGGUGAUCUCUGACAUCCUCUUCACCACGGCCCUCCCCACCCGGAUAGCCUACUAUGCGCUGGGUUUUGACUGGAGGCUGGGCGAUGCCCUGUGCCGGGUCACGGCUCUGCUGUUCUACAUCAACACGUAUGCGGGCGUGAACUUCAUGACCUGCCUGAGCGUAGAUCGCUUCUUCGCCGUGGUGCACCCUCUGCGCUACAACAGGAUCAAAAGGAUCGAGUAUGCGAAGGGCGUCUGCAUAUUCGUCUGGAUUCUGGUGUUUGCUCAGACUCUGCCGCUGCUCCUCAGCCCUAUGUCCAAGCAGGAGGCCGAGAGGACCACGUGCAUGGAGUACCCCAACUUCGAAGGGACGCCUUCUCUCCCGUGGAUCCUGCUCGGAGCCUGCCUGCUGGGGUUCGCACUGCCUCUCAUGGUCAUUCUCUCCUGCUACUCCCAGAUCUGCUGCAAGCUCUUCAAGACUGCCAAGGAGAACCCCCUAGCGGAUAAGUCCGGUGUGAACAGGAAAGCUCUGCACACCAUCGUCCUCAUCAUCGCUGUGUUCGUUCUCUGCUUCACGCCGUACCACAUGGCGAUUGUUCAGCACAUGGUGAGGAAGCUGUGCGCGCCGGAUGCCCUGGGCUGCAGUGCCCAGCACUCCUUCCAGGUCUCCCUGCAUGUCACCGUGUGCCUGAUGAACUUCAACUGCUGCAUGGACCCGUUUAUCUACUUCUUUGCAUGUAAAGGGUACAAGAGACGGGUCAUGAAGAUGCUUAAACGUCAAGUGAGCGUGUCCAUCUCUAGUGCAGUGAGGUCAGCCCCUGAAGAAAACUCACGAGAAAUGACAGAGUCACAGGCGAUGAUCCACUCCAAGGCCUCCAAUGGCAGGUAAUGGGCAUGGAUGUCCAGCAACUCGAGCCUGCAAUGCCCUGCAGACCAGCUGACCAGCUCCCAGCCGGGUGCCUUUCAUUGCCCGCUCCAGGCACAACUCCCACUGCCACCUGCCAGCCAACACACCAAGAUCCAGACCAGCUCAAGGGAACAAUAAAAGCAAGUUCUACUUCAUAAAUGAAAUAUAUAUAGCAAGGCUACCUUAGUGUGUUGUGCUGUAAAAAGAAAGUUCUGCAACCCUAAGAAUGCAAUC